ACUAUUAUGUUUCAGAUGCAAAAAGGACUAUCACGAUAAAAAUCCAGCUAAUCCAGGAACGAACUGCAAAUUCAUCAUCAAUGAAUGCUUAGCUGAGAAUCUGAACGAUUGUGAUAAGAACGCCGAAUGCAUUGAUACCAUUGAUGGCUAUGAAUGUAGGUGCAAACCUCCAUUCAAGGAUGAGAUGCCUGAAAGCCCUGGACGAGUUUGCAGGUAUAAUGAAUGUGCAAGACCUGAGGAUAACGACUGUGAUGAAAAUGCUGACUGUAUUGACACUGAUGAUAGCUAC